AUGAGUGAUUUUCUGGACCGUGUUGAAGGCUUUAUCAAACUUGAAGAGGCUAUUCAGCGAGCAGAAGGUGAGCAAAAACCUAGCAAGUCAAAAGCUCCUUCCACUGGGACAUCCGCCCAGCUUCCCCAUUACCCAAGCAAUUCAAGCUCAAACAGUAAACGUUCCAACAACAAUAAUAGGCAAGGGAAUGGGAAAAAGGGAAAGUUUAUAGGCAAAACUGAACAAGCUCCCCGGGAGAAUUUAGCCAAGUAUAUUGCAUUUACCAUCUUGGCUAAGGAUAUAGAAAGUGUUUACAUGGCCACUCACUCACUAGCCCAGUCUAAGAAGCGCACACCCAUGAAAAAAGAUGUCAGCAAGAGAGACAUGACCAAGUUUUGUGGAUUUCAUGGAGACUACGGCCACGACACCAAUGAAUGCAACAAUCUGAAGUGGGAAAUUGAAUUCUUCAUAAGGAAAAAUAACAUGCAUGUACAGAAGUAUGUCAAGGCUGAUCAGAAUCAGAGGGGUGAUAAUAACAAAGACUUGCUACCUCCACCAGUAGACGGACAUCUACAAGUCAUCAUUAGAGGCCGACACAUAGCUGGAGAUUCAGGCAAAGCUUGGGAGUGGUAUGCCAGAACAGCACAACACGAGCAAGAAGAAGUUAUCCUGGUCGUAGAAGAAAGGAAGCCUAAAAUCCCAUGGGCAGGAGAGCCCAACAUUACAUUCAACAACGAAGAUGCUGUCAAGAUCAGGUUUCCGCACAAUGACCCUUUGGUCAUGGAGGUCCAGAUAGCCAACAAGAUGAUGGCCAGAACAAUGAUAGAUAAUGGAGCCUCUUCAAACACCUUAUUCAAGACUGCCUAUGAAAAGAUGGGGCUCUAG